CCCCGCUUCCUUGCUCGGACCGAGCAGCCCCGCGUAAGAGGGACGGGAGCGGCGCGCACUGCAGCGCCCGGGCCUGAGGAGGCCUUCUUUUUUCAUCCCUCAGCCUUCCCGAAACCGUCGCCAUCAUGCAGGAGCUCAUCGCCAGCGUGGAUCACAUCAAGUUCGACCUGGAGAUCGCGGUGGAGCAGCAGCUGGGGGCGCAGCCGCUGCCCUUCCCGGGCAUGGACAAAUCGGGUGCUGCUGUCUGCGAUUUUUUUUUAAAGGCGGCCUGUGGGAAAGGAGGGAUGUGUCCCUUCCGGCACAUCAGUGGAGAAAAGACGGUGGUUUGCAAACACUGGCUACGAGGGCUGUGCAAGAAGGGUGACCAGUGCGAAUUCUUACAUGAAUAUGACAUGACCAAGAUGCCAGAGUGCUAUUUCUACUCAAAAUAUGGGGAAUGCAGCAACAAGGAGUGCCCAUUCUUGCACAUUGACCCAGAAUCGAAGAUCAAAGAUUGCCCUUGGUACGACCGAGGUUUUUGUAAGCACGGUCCCCUCUGCAGACACAGGCAUACCCGUCGUGUUAUUUGUGUGAAUUAUCUGGUAGGCUUCUGUCCGGAGGGGCCCGCUUGCAAAUUCAUGCACCCUCGAUUUGAACUUCCCAUGGGAACCACAGAGCAACCACCACUGCCUCCGCCAACACAACCACAGCAAAAGCAAAACAACAAUCCACCAUUACAAAGGUCGUCAUCCCUUAUCCAAUUAACAAGUCAGAACUCGUCUCCCAACCAACAGAGGCCCCCACAGGUCACUGGAGUUAUGCAGUCUCAAAACAACAGCAUAUCAAACAGAGGUGCACGGCCAUUGGAGCAGGUCACCUGUUAUAAGUGUGGUGAAAAAGGACAUUAUGCCAACAGAUGCACCAAAGGACAUUUGGCCUUUCUUAUUGGACAGUGAGCCAGAAGACCGUGCAGCACUUUUAUUAUUACGGGAGCUGAGUUAUGCUUAGCACCAUCUUGAACUGGUGAUCCACCUUUUUUUAUGCCUAUACCAAAAGGACUGGCCAACUGAGGACUACUGAUCUGCCACCCUUUUGUUGGUUAUUUCAUUAUUUGUUUUACCCUUUUAAAGAUAGUGGUGCCUGCCUUUAUUCAAAGAAUGCAAUGCGGAGACAGGCUGAAGAAAAGCAUAAUACACAACCCUUCUUUAAUGCAAUAUUUGGAAUAGGCACUUUUGUUCUAAUAUAUCCGGCCUUGAAGUCUUCAUUUUUUUCAGCAGUCCUUGGCUAUGGCAGAAGAUGGGAAAUAGUAGCAACUGAGCAUGCUGUACAACUGUACUCCUUGUAAGGGGUCUGGUGCAAGGGGUUUUGGUCCAUCCGGUGAAGAGUUUACUUAGCUACUUAUAGUAGUUCACUUUUGUGUUGUUGAGGGGACAUGACCUGUUCUUAUGGUCCAUCCAAUGAAAUGGACUUGCAACUGUAUAAAGGUAUAGAACUCACCUCUCUUUAACUGCUCAGACGAAAAGAGAAGGAGCUUCUGACAGAAUUCUUCCUAUGCACUCAUGGUUAGUGAUAUGACCCUUUCUAGACAUUUGCUUCUAAGUUACAUGAUUUGUAACCUGUAACUUUUCAUAGGGCUAACACUUCCCCUUCCAUGCUGCCAGAGUACUCCGAUCAAAUUGAUUUAACCCCUAUGCAGCAGUUCUAAAAUCAUAAAUGUGAAGGGGAUGUGUGUGUUUGCUCCCCAAUCCUUCCUGUUCACCGGGAAGAUCUGGAGAGACUAACCACAUUUGAUGGAUGGUGGUCAUAGUAUGCUAUGCAAUCAGGGUUCCCAAUCAUGGAGAGGACUAACCAGAUUGAGUUGAGUGCAGGUAAAGUCUCUUCAGGCCUUUGGUUCAACCUGGGAAGGUUGGGGGUGAAGAGGGCAGGGCCAGCAUGGAUGUCCCCUCCAUACUUACAAUGUUAUAAUGACUUAUUAAAGGUGAAUCAGAACACUUUGUAAGUUAACCAUGCAAUACCUGCCUUAGCCACUAUUUCAGACCUGCUACAGUUGCCUAACUAUCCUUAAGUAUUUCUUUCCUGUUCUAAAUUGAUACGCUCUGAUGAAAAGAGCUGGGGUGUGACUUUAAUUCGUGAGAUAUGACUGGGGGAGGGGAAAUAGUAACAUGUGCCUAGGAAGACUAUAACUAGGGUCCUGUCUUAAAUGUCUUAUUCAGGAUGCUUAGUCAAUUAAAACAUUUUUUUAAA